AUGAAAGAGUGCGCCGCCAACCACUCGACAUAUACAAAGCGAGAUGGAUCUAAGAUAGAAUACCGUCAAGUAUUUGGCCAGGUGGUGCAACGACUUUUAAAGUUCAAGGCCAUCGGUGAUUCUGUAGCUGCGAUUGAUCCCACUCACCUAGCAGUCCCCUGGGCAGCAAUUAGUUUGGUUCUUCAGGUUACAGUGAAGGAUUUUGAAAGUAAUCAGACUCUGUGUGAAGGAAUUGAGAUUUUCUCCGGCUUGGUUCCACGAUAUGCCUUGUUUGAGCGUUUGUACCUGCGUCCCACAUUCCCUCUUCAGGAUGCGUUGCAACAGGCAUUGGUCAAGUUAUAUGCUACGGCGCUGAAGUACCUCCUCAAGGCCCAAGAGUACUAUACCACGAAAACCAUCAGCCUCAUCCUUGCCUACGAUGAGUUUGACGGGUGGAUGGAUGAGAUCAGAGAGCAACAGCGAAUUGCAGACGAGUCGGCGCGAUUGAUUGACGCCCGGGCUAACAGAGACUCGGAUGACACACUGGACUCGAUCAAAAGAGAACAGGAUUCUCUGAUAGAAGGCUUGCAGUAUUUUCACGAGCCUAUCCAAUUUAUCCGAGAUGGCGUGGUGGAGCGCGAAAGGGACGAGCAGGAGUGCCGGAUCCUCAACUGGCUCAUUCGCCUCCCCCUGGAUGGGGUUCACAGACACAGGCUAGAGGCUCGUCUGCCUGACUCUGGUCACUGGAUAUUCGAGGAAGAGAACUACAAGCAAUGGCGUGUAUCCAGCAAAUCAGCUCUAUUAUGGCUCCAUGGACCCCCGGGGUCGGGAAAGAGUACAAUGAUGUCCACGAUCAUUGGUAGCCUGCAGGCCAACCACGCACAUGCUCCAGGUGGCCCUCUUGCCUACGCCUUCUUCUCGCGCAACGAUUCUGAUCGACGCUGGCAAGACCCUGUGACCCUCGUGUGCUGCCUAAUUGCCCAGCUCGCUCGCUCAGGACCCUCGGCCUUAUUGCGCGGAGAGGUCAUUCGCGCCUAUGAGACUAUGGUGCAGGAAAGGGGUGAGAUUGCAGUUGCAGAUGGAGCCCGUCCUGCGUGGAACGAUGCAAUCCGGCUUCUCUUGGAACUCAUAGACAGCGGAACUACCACUAUCUGCAUUGAUGCAAUUGACGAGUGCGCUGAAGAUCUCCGUGGUGAUUUCUUUGAUUUGAUUGAUUGUCUACUGACCAGAACCGAUGGGGGGCGAGUCAAAAUUAUCAUCUCCAGUCGCCCAUCGCUGAAUAUUCUGGGUCGAUUCCCCUUGUGGCCGUCUGAUAGCAUUGAUGUGGGUCAGAACAGUGCAGACCUUCGGGCCUAUGCUCGGAAUAGAGCUGCGGAAUGUGUCAAAAGGAUGAGGCAACGUGCUCACCCUGUUCCGGAUAAUUGGGAGGAAACCUCAACACAGCAGUUGAUUGAGGGCUCUCAGGGCAUGUUCCUCUGGGUCAAACUGCGCGCCAGUACGCUACUCCUCCAGUCCGACAGUACGAUCUUUGAGGGAGAUUUGCUAUUGCAGCCAUCCAGCGAUCUGCCCGAAGCUCUGAUCCGGCUUUUCGAAACUAUCUACGCCAGAAUCAUUGCCAGUAGUCCGCAAGGAUCAAUAACACGCCAAGCAGUCUUCACACUAUUCCGAUGGCUAUUGUGUGCACAGGCGCCUAUCCCAGCAGAAGACCUCAUCCGCGCUCUCGCUGUCUUGAUAGCAAAAGACAGGAUUGCCUCCAAUACACAGGGCACAAAUAUUACUGUUCCUAUGGUACUGGAGAGCUGUCAAGAUUUGGUGGUCGUCGAUCAAGACAGCAACGAAAUCCGCUUCGUCCACACGUCAAUACGUGAUUUUCUCAAGCUCAAGGACGGGAUGCAAUCGGUAGAACAACAUGCUGCGGUGGCCCAUCUCUGUUUAGCCACUGUGCAGAAUCUGGCGAUAGAACCACCGACGACCUCCUUGCCGCGCGACAAGUUUCACUACUAUGUGGUGCUCUAUUGGGCCUUACAUGUAGAGCAGGCAGGCCAAGAGCAUCAAAUCCAAACCAUACAUGACGCAUUUGAUGACCUAUGCCAUGAGCAACCUUGGUUUAAAUCCUGGCUCCCCGAGAUUCAGCCUGCUUCUUCGCUCAUUCUUGAGUGGAAUGACCCUCAUAAAGACAAGAUCAUACAGGCUAUUAGCUCACCAGCCACAUCGUUUUUCACUGCCUGUGCGUUUGGUUUUACCAAGGUUGUUCGAUACUGCAUCCAAUCCAACAGCAAUCUAAUUCACCACGCGAAUGAUAUGGGCGCUACGGGCCUGCACCUCGCUUCUGAAUAUGGCCACGAGGAGAUUGCCGAGGCGCUUUGCAAAGCCGGCGCUGAUGUAAAUUCUACUGAUACCGACGGCGAGACCCCUCUGAUUCGCGCGGCCGCGGGUGGCUACAAAGUUCUAGUGUUGAUGUUGCUAGAUAAGGAGUCCAAUAUACGAGCUCAGGGCCAGCGAUACGGAACAGCGUUGCACGGUGCGGCUCUUCAUGGCCAUUUGGAUGUGGUUGAGAUUCUUCUCGAUCGUGGUGCUGAUAUCAACGUAACUGGUGGGCAGUUUGGCACAGCCCUACAUGCAGCCUGUCUUCGCGGCCAAGUGAAGAUAGUCAAGCGGCUUCUCGACGCAGGUGCGGAUAUAAAUGCACCAGGCGGGGCAAAGAAUGAGGCGCAGGAUAAGACUACUGCUGGGCCUACAUCGGCUGCCAGUUUCUUCAUUGCUGCCAAGCACGUACUGGAAAAUCGACGUGUCGCUAAGGGUAGGACUCCGCGUGCGUCAAAACGCAGGGAGGCAGAGCAGAUAUUUCAGUUAUCACUAGAUCGAAAUGUGGACAUUAACAUCUUAACGGGGGGCUUUGGUCCGCCAUUGCAUAUUGCAGCUAGGGCAGGCCAUGAGGAGGUCAUCGACUUACUGCUAAGGCGUCCUGGGAUAUCCGUUAACUGUCAAGGUGGUGAAUAUGGCACUGCGCUGCAGGCCGCGGCCGUAGCCGGCCGCACUAUCAUCGUCCAGAGACUUCUCGAUGCCAAGGCCGACCCCAACAUGCAAGCCGGGAAGUAUGGCACAGCGUUGAUAGCAGCUUGCCGCCAGGAGAAUUUCGGGCUUGCAGAUCUUCUGUUACAGUCAGGCGCUGAAGUAAAUAUCCAGGCGGGCGUCUAUGGCACUGCCCUUCACGCAGCGUGCCGUAGCGGUAAUAUGCUUCUAGUCCAGCGUUUGUUACACGCCGGGGCCGAUGUCAAAUUGACCGGGGGCGAUUAUCAUACGGCCUUACAAGCUGCCUCUCGAGAUGGAUUUGUCGAUAUAGUGCAUGUUUUGCUCCAGCGUGGUGUUGAUGUCAAUGUUCAGGGCGGAACAUUUGAGAGUGCGCUACGGGCCGCUACUGUGGGUGGCCAUCAUCGGGUCGUGGAGAUGCUGUGUGCAGCAGAGGCCAAAAUGGACAAAUGUCUGGAGUUAGCCUGUUUAGGUGGGCACCAGGCAGUGGCUGAAGUCCUCCUCGCCCAUGGAUCAGACCUGAUGGGCCCUUCGUACGGGUACCACACGCCGCUACAAGCAGCUAUGGCGGGACGUCACCACUCCCUCGCGCGAUGGCUCCUUGAGAAGGGGGCGAAAGCUACUGAUUCCAAAGGAAUAUGGGGCACAAAUCUCCAACUUGCAGCGCUGGCUGGCGAGGCGGAGCUUGUUGGCAUCUUUCUCGGGCACGGAGCAGAUCCCUGGGAGGAAAAUGAUAUCCUCGAGGAGAGCGUCAUCGAGAAGUUUGGCGUCACGCUACCAAUUUGGGAGUAUACAUAUCCCAUAGUAAUUGCGGCAGCAGGAGGUCACAGUCAGGUUGUUACGCUUUUACUCGAGAGUGAUGGCCAUGACCGCUCCGACGGAUGGGAUAACGCUCGGUCUUGUGUCAAAUCCGCGCUUCGCGAUGCACUACACGUGGCACUGGAGACAGGUCAACAGGCAGUAGUCGAUCUACUAUUGAGUUAUGAUGUACCAGUUGAUCGCGCCACUGUUAAACACGCAUGUUCCGUUUCCAAUCCGAAUGUGGUAAUCUCCUUGCUAGAAAUGCGGGACCGAGAUACUUCGGAGCAAGACGGGUACGACAACAGCAUAUGCGCACUUUACGAGGCUGCUCUCCACGGAAAGAUCGAGCUCGUGGAGCUACUACUGCCGCGGGCUAUCCAAAGCAACCACUUUGUGCCCACAGAUCUGGCGCAAGCUCUACAGAAUGCGGUAUCUUCCGAGAAUUUGGAGAUUGUCCACAAGCUGCUUCACUAUGGCGCGAGUGCCACUAUCCAGUCUGACUGUCUCAUUCAGUCCCACCUAGUCGACCCGAGCCUGACACUGCCCACUCCGAGUGCGGCAGUGGUUGAUGAGCAUAGAGAAAUUGUGCAGACCCCUCUUGAUCGCAAGGGAAACAUUAAUAUCCACCGCGAGGAGUAUGGGAAAGCUCUUCAAACAGCCGCAUAUGACGGCGCGGAAGAUUUAGUGACCCUUCUGCUGAACAGUGGUGUCAAUGUCAAUGAUGAAGGGGGCAAGUAUGGGACCGCGGUGCAGGCCGCGGCCGCAGGUGGUCACGAAACUAUCGUCCAACGGCUCAUCAGUGCCGGGGCCAACCUGCGCUCCCAGGGGGGACACCAAAAGCGGUACAAGACAAUCAAGAAGAGAUUCGAAACAGAACCGAUCCGAAAACAAUGUGGUUUGCAUGGCACCGCACUUCAAGCGGCUGCAAUAUCUGGAAAUGUGAAUAUUGUGGCGAUGUUAGUACAGGCUGGCGCCGAUAUCAACGAUAUCGAUUCACUCGGAGAAACUCCCCUGCAUCACGCGGUGUACUACAAUCAUCUCCCUGUGGUUAAAUUUCUGAUCAACAAGGGAGCCGAUGUCGAAGGGAUAGAUUCUGAAGGCCACAGUCCUGUGCUUCUUGCAGCCCUAAUGGGUCAUCUAGAUAUCCUUGCGUACCUUUUCUCUUCAGCGACCGAAUCUAUUACCAACUCUGCGGUUAUGAAGAAGCGGUCACUGCAUUUAGCGUCACAGAACGGGCGUAUUGGUAUCAUCGAACACCUCAUUGCCGAGCAGAUUGAUUUAGAGGUGCAAGAUGAAACCGGGCAGACGGCUUUGUUCCUCGCGUCCUCGACUGGUCAAUGUUCCACAGUGCGCUUUCUCAUCGAUAAUGGGAGUAAAAUCCAUCACCGCGCUCACAACCUGUGUAUAGCCCUCCACAUGGCCGCAAAAUCAGGCCAUGACGACGUGGUCCGCCUGCUUCUGACAUCUGGGGCCGAUAUGCUUGCAGUGGACAACCGCGGUUGGUCAGCGUUGCACUAUGCCGCGGCGAGGGGCCAUAGCAAAGUGGUGUAUCUGCUUAUAGAGCGAGGCAUGUCGCCGAAUCUACAAGAUUACGUGGGGAAAACAGCGCUGCACCAUGCGGUCUCUUCACAAAACACAGAAACGGUUACCAUCUUGCUUAACAAUGGAGCCAACACCAAAGCCAAAAGUAACGAUGGAAAGACACCCAUUGAGCUCCCACGGCGACCCGGAGAAGAUGGCGUGAGAGAUUUGCUCAUUCGGCAUGAAGCAGCAACCCCCAACGAGAGAGAACAGCCUGUUGAUUCUCCUUCAACAGACUAUGACGCGAGCAGACGUUCUUCAGUAGUUCAUGACAUGAGCAUGCGUGGUUCUGUGGCCCCUACAAGGAGCGGCCGUUCUUCGGCAGCCUCUGCUAGAAGUAGUGGCUCCUCAACAGCCUCUUCUACCUGUUCUAGAGGUAGUCGCUGCUCAACAAGCUCUGCUAGGAGUGGUAGUUCAGCAACAACCUAUGCUAGUCGCGCUAGGGAUACUAAAUAUGUUGAUCAGGGUGAGGAUGCAACGAUCAAGAUUAUGAUGGGGGUACACAUGGCCACCAUCGAGACCAUGAUGGGGGUACACAUGGGCAUGAUGAAGAUGGUGAUGUUGAUGAUGAUGUUGAUACUUUUGGUAUUGGCCGUGAUGUUCACCACUCUAGGCAUGAUAAUAAUGAGAUAG